AUGAGAGUGCGCGGAGAAAUCGAAACAAAGGAAGAACCACAAAUGUCCAAAAGAAUAAAGAAUGUCUCAAUAUCAGUCCCAAUAUUAUAUGGAAACAGUGCUAUUCGAUUGAAGCCUGAAAAAAGAACGGCCAAAACUCCACCUGACCAUACGCACGAGUGGACAGUAUUCUUCAAGCCGGUACUAGACAACGUUGACUUGACUCCUUUGAUUAAACGUGUAACAUUCAAAUUGCAUGAAACUUACGAAAAUCCAGUAAGAUCCGUUGAGUCUCCUCCUUAUCAAGUAACAGCCACUGGCUGGGGUGAGUUUGAAAUAAUCAUCAAGAUUCAUUUCCAUGCGGGGUCAGAGUUGGGCAUCAAUGAGAAGAACUUCCAGAUUUUCCAUAGCUUGAAGCUCCACCCGUAUAAUCCCACAGCUCCGCAAAGAGAAAAUGGUGAAGUUCAUUCGGUACUCUUUGAUGAGUUGGUAUUUCAGGAGCCGACGGAAACUGUCUUCGAAAUACUUACAAGAAAGCCGCUGAAUCUAUUACCGUACAAACUUUCGGACCCCAAUAAAAGAGACCAGGAGUUUUUAAUGACUGAUGAGAUUGAUGAGAUUGCAAGACUUGAUGUUUACAUCGCCAAGGUGAAAGAGGAGAUCGAAAAACAGCGAAACGAGUAUAAGGAACUCGAGCAGCAAAAACUAGCACUUCUACAAUAA